AUGCACCAGUUACUCAAUCCAUUCAUUUCUUUUCUCAAGGUAAGCCAAUUGACAAGCAUACAAACAGCUAAAGUGCACUGUGAAAGGCCCAAAAGAAAAAAACACACAAGGAUGCGUCACACCCUGCUAUUCCAGGUGCUGCUACUCUGCUGCGUCUCUGGUUCUGUUGCCGUCGCUGAGCAUCACUGCAUCUCCGAUGAAGUUGAAAACAAGGUUGGCCCCCGGACGACAGCAGUGGUGCUAGAGCUGCCAACUCGGGGAGGUGGCAUGAUGCGGGCGCUGACUGCCUCGGCUCCCGAAUGGGCGCCCAUCCGUUUUCAAGUCUUCACGGAGGAUCUGAACGAUCCCUCAAAACACUGCACCGCUGAGAAGCAGAUUCGUCCAGACUUUAUUGGGAGAAAUCUUGAGUGUAAUAAAAGGGAUAUUUUGACGAAGGAAAAAAGAUCCAUCAUAAUAAACUCCCUUCUUCCCCGAGCGUUCCGAAUGCAUACGGAUCGUCUACUUGUUAGGCCUCUCACGGGCAGGGUUAUUGUACCAGGGUACUCGUCAGGUGUAUGCGCUCAGUUUACAAUACCCAGCUCCCAUCAAACAGAGGGUGUGAGCGGUGCGGACAUGUACUUGUAUGUCUCCGCUGGCCCGACACAGGGUUCCACACUUGCGUGGGCUACUACAUGCUUAAAAUUACCCGAUGGACGCCCUGUUGUUGGAGUGGUGAAUUAUGGCCCGAGGUCUGUCACUGAUUCGGAGAACAGUGUUCGUGUUUCAGCGCAUGAAGUUGCACAUGCUCUUGGGUUUGCUGUGUGGUUACUGCAAGAACGCAAUAUGUUGAAGGAGGUUUUGAACGUACGCGGCAAAGCAAAGGUGCUGCAGGUGUCGUCACCCAAGACGGUGGAGAAGACUCGCGAGCACUUCAACUGCGUGAAUGCUACCGGCAUGGAGCUGGAGGAUGAGGGUGGGGAAGGAACAGCAUCGUCGCAUUGGGAGAGACGCAACACAAAGGACGAGCUGAUGGCUGGUAUUUCCGGAAUCGGCUACUACACGUCCCUGACAAUGGCUGCUUUGGAGGACACCGGGUUUUACAAGGCCAAUUGGGGAAUGGAGGAACCGAUGUCAUGGGGCAACAACUCCGGCUGCGCGCUGCUGACAGAGAAAUGCCUGAUGAAUGGCGUCAACAAGUAUUCAGAGAUGUUUUGCACCGCUGAAACAACUCUUAUUUCAUGCACAUCGGAUCGUCUGGCGCUGGGGUACUGUACAAUCUAUCUCUACACAGCCGAACUUCCCCAACAAUAUCAGUACUUUUCGAAUCUCAAACUUGGCGGUUCGAACUCCUCCUUAAUGGACUUAUGCCCUUACGUUCAACCGUAUUCCAACACUCGGUGCAGCAAUGGGGAAGCAAGCAUCAUGCAUGGGAGUCGCGUUGGCCCGAGAUCAAAGUGCUUAAAGGGGGAUGGGCUUGUCGAUUUCAUGGGUCGUAUUGGUGACGUGUGCGCUGAGGUGUCGUGUGAGAAGGGUGAGGUGAGCGUGCGGUACCUUGGAGAUGAUACAUGGCGCCAGUGCCCAGAAGGCAGCAGUAUUACACCAACUGGGCUGUUCACGGGAGGAAAGAUUUUGUGUCCAAAGUACGACGAUGUGUGUAUUAUCUUUGAUCCACUCAGGGGAGGCGGAGACGUGAGCAGUUUGUUGUCAGUUUUUCCAUCAAUUUCAGUGAUUUUACUGGUCCUUAUUUUUAUAUCAAUGUAUUGA